AUGGUUGACAGCUCCAGUUGUCCUCCCAGUGUUUUAUUAUCCCUGUUGCCAGAGGCAAGCAUUUAUUGCAUUGACAACUACGAUGCCGAAAAAUAUGCCGAGAUGUUUUUGGGCGAGUUUGAAAAUCCUGAGAUCAUCUGGAACACGGAAAUGAGGCAGCAUAUGAUGGAGAAAUUAGCGUUGCACAUUGCUGAUUUUACCACGCGUCUACCAAGUAACGUCAAGGCAUCCUACCAGUUUUGUCCGAUUCCUCUGAUACAGUAUCCGCAGUUAGAAUCAGAAAUCUUUUGUCAUAUUUAUUAUCUUCGGCAUUUGUGCAAUGUUACGAAAUUUCCUGAUUGGCCGAUAAAUCAACCGGUGGAAUUCUUGAAGUGCUGUUUGAUAACGUUGAAAGCCGAACUGGACAGAAAAGGCUGUUCAAUGUCGGUAGAAGCUGCCUGCCAGGUCCUGCAUCUGAAGUCAGAAAUGCUACAGUAUUUUUUUUAG